AAAUUAAAUAAAAAAAAUUCAUAACAUAAAAAUGUAAAUGGAAACAAAAUAAAAUAAAAUUGAAAUAGAAGGAAAAAUUUAAAAAUACAAGUAAAGUUAAAAUAAAGUAAUAAAAUUAUUUUUAUAUUAUUAAAUAAAUUAAACAGGAAUGAAACGAGAAUAAAUUUACUUAAACUAAAUUCAACUAAAUGAAAUACAACAAAAAUUAGUAUUUUUAACGUAUGUUGAAUUCUAAAUAGAACUCUGCAAACCAAUCCUGCUCUCUUAUAUGAACAAUUGUACUUCACUUACAUGGAAUUUUGUACUUGUACAAUUAUACAUUAGAUAGUAGGCGAUGCCAAAAUAGUAAAACGGCACUUAGAAUAAAAACGUGAGUUACAUCGACACGACUUUUUCUUUCUCUGCGCGAAAUACUGCCUCAACGUAUAGCAACAUUCUGCAAUAAAUUUGAAAAUACCUCCAUAAUAUUUGAGGGGCGCUAAAAUAAGAUAGUCUUAAUUACAAGAGUAGGUAUGUAAUCAGCAGCACAAAUACGGCUGAAUAAGCAGCUGCUAACAAAAAAUGGGCGCUAAUCUAAUUAAGGGGAAAAUUAAUAACUAAGAAAAAAACUGUAUCUGUGUAUACAAAAAACGCGAAAGAAUUGAAAAUCGAGCGAUCACAGAUUUAAUUAAAGGCUAUAUUCGCAAAAAUAUAUAUGUACAUGUAUUCAUACACAUACAAAUGAAUGUACUUAUGUACGCAUAAUUAAAUGCCUUCGGGCGAAAUAGGCAAACAAAGCAAGACUAAAAUGCUAAUCGCAAAUAUACAAAUUUUGAUAAGCCAUAAUUUUUUUAUUUGAAGUGGUUUUUUUUGUUGUUCAAUUAACACAAACGAGUAAUCGAACUCAUCAUAUGCAUGCAUUUAUAAUACAAGCAACCAAACUUGUAUACGUACACACACACAUACAUACAUUUGUGUGGCAAGCAAACGUUAAGCAGCGAUUUGUACGGAAGGGAGUAGAUUUUUGAAUACAAAUGCGAUACAAAUACACUUUUCUUAAGGUUUCUUUUUUCGCCUAUAGCAGUGAGUGAGUGAGUGUGUGUGUGUGUGUGUGUGUGUGUGUGUGUAUAUAUAUAUACUUAUGGCAAAUGCAAAUACACAGUAGGUGCCAAGUUGAAGAAGGAAAAAUAAGCAAACAAAAAAACUAGAAAAAGCUUGAGAAUAUUGAAAGGCAACUUGAAGGAAGAAAGCAUAGAAAUAUAAAAAGAGUGAAAAAGCAAAUAAAAACAAGGAAGUGUUUAAAAAACUAACCAGAACUAUAAACUUGAAAAAUAUAAAUAAAAAAUAAAAUCGUAAGAACCAUAAAAUAAAAAACACAUCUGCAAACAAGCACCAAACCGGUCUGAAUUUGCACUCACCAUUUAUUCCAACAUUUCUACUCAUCCUCCUAAUUCCUAAUUCUUCAACCGGCACGGAAGCAGCAGAGAACAAAAAGCAAUAAUAAGUUUUUGUGUUUAUUUCAAAUUCGCGCGCAUUUUUGCGCGACCUCAUUUGGUGGAACGUCCAGAUAUUUCGAGCUGACUGAGGUGACUGAAAAAAAGCUUGUGGAAAAGGAGUCAAGCCCGAGGUGGGUGAAAGAGAGGCCGACAGGCCUGAAAGUACCUCUCAAGUAGACAUUUUUUCAUUGGAGCGCACGAUUGAGGAAAAAGACAAUCGAGCAGUUGUAGGCGUUUAUUUCCGACCACGUGCCGUGGUGUCGGCGCCUGCGCCAGCGCUAUCGACAGCGCCACCUCCACUAUAAAAAUCUAACUGAAGCCGACAACCGCGGUGAGCAAUUAAUUGCUGCACAUAUCGACUAUCAGCUCCAAGUCGGCUUUGUGCCAGUUAGCGCAUCAGCUAUUUAGUUUGAUAGCAACGUGCGAGCAGCGUACGGGCAGCAGCAGAGAGGCACCAGCUGCCGCAAUACUAUCAGCACUUGUCAUAAAAUGACCGAGAAUCAACUAUUUUCCAUGUCGACCGAUCUAUUCGACACCUCGUCCAACAGCAGCAAUCCACUCAAGUGUGAUCUCUUCUCGUUGGCUCUGAGCAACAGCAACAGUUCCAGUCUACUCUUCGGCACAUCAGCGCUGCCCGCACUUAGCCCACUGCAGCAGCUGAAUGUGAAUACCACCUUCAAUUCCAGUUCCAACUCCAGUCCCAAUUCCAAUUACCUUUCGAAUUCGAAUUCGAACGCUAAUACGCCAAACAAUCAACCAACACAGGCGCAUCCGCCGCAGCAGCAGAUUUUUGCCAGCAGCGCCAACCGUGGUAGUGGCGGCAGCAUCAGCGGUAGCAGUAAUGUGAUGCUGACCAACGCCAUCAGUAUACCGCGCAGUAAUAACCCCAAUCAAAGUCAUAAUCCUUGGACGGAAGAACACGAUUCCCAUCAUCAUCCCAGUCCAAGUCCCUUGCACCAUCACCUCACCAACAAUCAUAAUCACCAUCACCAACUUUCUGUCAUGAUGUCGACACAACAGAACAACCAACAGCAGCAGCAGCAACAGCAACAACAGCAGCAUCAACAACAACAGUCUUUGCAGCAUUCACAGCCUCGUCUUUUCGUUGAUUUCUCCGACUAUGGUUUGGAUGUGGCCUCAUUGGAUGCCGCCUCACUGUCACCGACAUUAUUGCAAGAUGUCAGCUUAGGCGAUGCUUCGCCACUGCAUAGCAUCAUAUCCAACGGCAACAUUUCCUCGUCCUUCUAUGCGCCUGACGCUUCGCCGAUCAGCAACAGCGGCAGCAAUAGCAUAGUGGACAGCGUUGGAACCGCUGAUUCUGCCAACACGCUGCUGGGCUUGAACGACAGCAUACGAUCUGGUAAUGAUGGUAACAAUUCUUUGCUCUUCGACGUCACUGGCACGCCGAAUUCAAGCGCAAUGUGGAGUGAUAUUAGCAAUGCCAUAAUCACCAAGCAUGAGCCGUUCACGCUGGAGGAUGACUAUAUAUUUCCCAUUGAUAAGGCUGAAAUACAGGCUGCUGGAUUUGGUGAUAUACCAGAUGAAAAUUUCCUGGAUGGGAUUGACAAUUUUGAUGAACUUUUACCGGGUGCCAUUAGUGGUGGUGGGCACAAUGAUUUCAUUUUAUCACCGCAGCAAAACAAUAAUUCUAACAAUUUGCAACAAUUGAAUAGUCCACAGGCCUCGCCCAGCGGCGGCCCACCAAUGGAGCUGUUGCAGCUGCAUAAGCAACAACAGCAAGAGCAACAACGGCAGCAGCAACAACAGUUAACUCAGCUGCAAACGGCACAGCAGCAGCAGCAGCAACAACAGCAACAUCCGCGUUUACAGCACAGUAAUAGCGCUGGUGGGGCCAUACACACACACCAUAACCUCCACAACUCAUCUAGUCCAUAUGAAAUCUACCAUAGCACACCAAAUAAGCAGCAGCAGCAGCAACAGCAUCAGCUGAGCAGCUCUGGCUCGAAUUCGUUCUCGCCGGGGAGUCAGCAUUCGCAUUCGCCACUUCAGCUAAAUUCCAUUACACCACCACCGCCACAUGCCAAUCGCUCACAAUAUCAGCAAGUCAAAUCGCGCAAUAUGCUGCAAAUGCAAAAGAAGGGCUUCUCCAUGUCUCCCGAUCGUGGUAGCAGCAACGGCAGCGUUGGACUGUUGGGCCAAUCGGUGCCGGCCAAUAGUCAUCUGCUACUCUCAGGCAACGCGCUCAGCCCUAGUAGCGGUGGCAGUAGCAGCGGUUUUGGCAGCACCACUGGUGGUGGCAGCAGCACUGCAGGAUCGGUGCACAAGUCGUUCCAGGGUCAGGGUGAUACAUCCAUAUCGCGCCUAUCCUCGUCGGCGCCCACACAUCUCGGACUCGAAAACAUUUGGAAGCGACGUGAACCUAGACAGCAUUUGCUGUCCACUGGCUCGCUGGCCGAGGCUGAAUCAUUCUCGUCGCUAAGCACUGGCAGUGUGUUGUCGCCCGAUGGCAUUGAUUUCUCUCAGGACGAUGACGACGAUGCAUCAACAGAUUACAAUAGCGACAAUUAUGAUGAUUUGUCGAGCGAUGGCUCUGAUAAUGACGACGAUUCGCGCACUACUAUAACCGGACAUUUGUCCAGCAGCAAAGGCAAGGAGCGCUACUUUUGGCAGUACAAUGUGCAAGCGAAAGGACCUAAAGGCAAGCGACUCGUAUUCCAGGCGCGUCUUGAGGAUCCGCACGUCUUGAACGAGGCCACCGAUCCGGUGUUUAGCCCGAAUUGUUCCGUGCGUGGUAUCAAGGUAUUUAAACACAGCGGCAAAGCGCGUAAGGGUGAUGGCAAUGAUCUCACUCCAAAUCCACGCAAACUACACAUAAUCGGCAAGGAGCUGGACAAGCUGAGUCGCACCAUCAACGAUAUGACGCCAGUGUCUGAAUUGCCUUUCAAUGUGCGACCCAAAUCGCGCAAGGAGAAAAAUAAAUUGGCUUCACGUGCCUGUCGUCUCAAAAAGAAGGCACAGCAUGAAGCGAAUAAAAUAAAACUUUUUGGACUGGAAAUCGAACAUAAACGUUUACUUAAUGGCAUUUUCGAACUGAAACAAGCUCUGGCGCUCAAAUACCAAAAUCCAAAUAAUAGCGAGCACAACGAAGCGGUCGACCAGCGUAUCGAACAGAUCUACAAAACGGCACAAACUGGUCUACGUAUAGCUGGCGACACCACAGACUUCGUCAACAAAGUGCUGGAGAAUGUGAAAAGUGGUGUACCAAAUGGUGGACUAGAGGAUCUAAGGCAUUCAUAGGGUCGAGGCAAAAGAGGAAAGAAGAACGGAAGAUGUGAAUAGUUUUUAAUAAAAAAUAUUGGAGGCUCAAAAGUGAGAAUGAAAAGAAGGGUACGAAAAAAUGGAGCGAAUAAUGAAUGAUGGAACAAUUAAUAGAGGGAUGAAGAGUACGAAGAGAUUUGCUUGUCGAAGGGAGGGAAUGAUAAAAAAGGAAAACACAUUUGUUGCGAAAGAAGCCUAAAUUAACACAGCGAAAAGUUGUGAAGGAAGUAAGAGAGAGCUGAUAAAAACAUUUAAAACACAGAAUACGGCAAAUCAAAUUUAUACACGCAAAGAGCACUCACUCAUUGCCGUUAAGAAUGAAGAGAGCAGACGCUGAAUGCAGGCAAUUCGCAAGCAUGCGAUAUUUUUUAUGUUACUGAAAAAUUGUCAAAAGUUGUCGAAAGAGGCCACAGUUAUGUUAUGUUUUGUUCUUAGCUCUUAAGUGAUAAUGUUAUAGAGUGAAAAGCAAACGUAAAAAAUUGAGAAUGAAAAAAAGAGAAAACAAAAAACAAGAGAAACUAUUGUUGUUCCGUUUGGAUGAGGUGGAUAAUGAACAAUGAGCUACCAGUUAUACCUGCCUAUGUUAUAAGGAUUUUUAAUUUGUUUACUUUGAUGAUAUGAAGAAAUGCUAUAUACAUAUAAACCUAUAUAUAUACAUACAUAGAAUACGAAAAAUAAAUAAACAUAUAAUAUAUAUACAUAAAUAUGCGAAAACAAAAAUAACAAAACUAUAAAAAGUUUUAGUAACUUAGGGAAGCAAAAUUGAAUUGUAGUUGUUAAAGUGAAAAAAACUGAUAAUUGAGAGUUUUGGAUACAAAAAAAAACAUACAAAAAACACGAAAAUGAGUGCUGGUGUACUUUUAGGCGCUUAGUAAUUAGAAAUUUUCGUAGAAAUUGUGUGAGCAAAAACUUUAAAUGUUAAAAAAUAUUUUUACCUACAUACAAACUUACGUACGUAUGCACUAUAUGAAUCAUGUUAUAUGUAUAAUCUACUAAGCGUUUUUUUUUCUAAUAAUGUAGUUUAUAAACACAAACAUACUUUAACUUUUAUUAAUGAAUUAUUUUUCAAAGUUUUUGUUUUUGUUUAAUUGGGCUGGUAUUGUUUCACGUUUUAUGUUUGAUUUGUUUGCACUUAUACUUAUACUCACUUGUAUAGGUAAGGAUAUACAGUUAGUGCUCAGAUAAAGGCUACCAACGACAGUUGCGCGUUAUUGAUUAAUGCCAAAUUUUCUCCAAAAAUAUUAACUGAAAAGAAAUAUAAUAAAUGUAACACAUUUGGCUAAUAACUACUUGUUGUUGUUGUUAAGUGAAAAUAAAAAAAGGCACUUACUUUUUGCCAAAUGUGUCAAGUUUUGUACCUAAAAACUCAGAAUUUCAUGAGAUUUAUUGAUGGUGAAAAAAAUGUUCACCCUCUUCUCAGUUCAUAUCAAAGCGAAUCUAUUAAAGGUGGUAUCGGUAAUGAGCUAAUUUGAUUUUUUUUCCUUUGCCCUGUCCAUGUGACUGUCAGCCGCGAAUUCAUUAUUUGUUUGCUACUUUGUCAAUACUUUGCGGUGACAAACAAUCGUACAAAACAUUGCUGUUGGUCUAAUGAAUGCGCCUUGGUUCAUAGCAAAAUCAAUAAUUCAAGAAGUUUAAUAUUAAUUUUUUUUUCUAUUUAUAUUUAUUUUAUUUUUUAAAUUUGGUAUGCAAAUGCACACUUACGGGUCUUAUAACGGUGGUUUCUUGCUGGCAUUGAAUUUAUGAGAGAUGGAUGGGCAAUACGAGUACGAGUUUAUUUAAUUUUUGCUAUCAGCGAAGUUAGUGAAUUUUCUUUCAGUUCAGUGCCUUGAAUAUUUUAAUUUUUGCUUUUUAAGAAAAAAAUAUUUUUUUAAAGAAAUAUUUUCUUUGUUUUUGAAAGACAAUUUUUUAAGAAAUUUUCAGUUUGUUUAAGAAGUCCUUUUAAUUUAAUGAAA